AUGUUGCCUACGUAGCACCCAUCCCUCGCCCAUUCAUGGGUCUCAAAACGUGCAACAGGUGUUUUACAGUUAUUUGUAACCUGAAACCACGUGUGUGCAGUUUUUGAAUUUGUAAGUUCAGCAAUGGCAUUGAAAAAUGCGCCUCGGGACGACUUUACUUCCGGUUUGACGCACGAAUGCGGCGUUUUUGGGGCUAUCGGCACAAGUGACUGGCCCAACACGAACUCUGAAAUCGCUCAGAUAAUCUGUAUCGGUUUGGAAGCCCUCCAGCAUCGGGGUCAAGAGUCAUGCGGUGUCGCAACAAGCGAAGGAAGCGAAGAUUUUCACAUCCACAAAGGCAUGGGCUUGGUCAAGAACGUCUUCAAUAACGACAAUAUCAGCAAACUGAAAGGCUCACUAGGGAUUGGGCACACGAGAUAUGCCACUAGGGCCGCUUCGGCUGCUAUCAAUUGCCAACCGUUUGUGGUGCACUCCAUGCACGGUUCCUUGGCCACGGCGCACAAUGGCGAGCUAGUAAACUGCUCUAGUUUGAGGAAAAAGGUUCUAGACCGGGGUGUGGGGCUUUCUACGCACUCCGACAGCGAAAUUAUAACACAAGCUCUGUGCUUAAUACCGCCAGAAGGCGAAGUCAAUGGUCCCGAUUGGCCCGCAAGGAUCCGUCAUUUCAUGCAAAUGGCCCCCUUGAGCUACUCGCUAGUCCUGAUGCUCAAGGACCGCAUUUACGCUGUUAGGGACCCGUACGGCAACCGGCCCUUGUGUCUCGGCAAAAUUUUGCCCCCUCAUUGCGACAGGAAUGACGAAAGCGUGCAGCCUGAGGGAUGGCUCGUUUCGUCCGAAUCGUGCGCCUUUUUGACCAUCACCAGAUACGUUCGGGAGGUUUUACCGGGGGAAAUCGUCGAAAUGACACACCAGGGUGUGCGAACGGUUGAUAUAGUAGCUCGACCGGCUAACAAACAACUAGCUUUUUGCAUUUUCGAAUAUGUUUAUUUCGCGAGGCCCAAUAGUAUUUUUGAGGGGCAAGAGGUGUACACUGUGCGGUCGCACUGUGGCAGGCAAUUGGCCAUUGAACAUCCGGUUGAAGCGGACAUUGUGGGGUCUGUGCCCGAAUCGGGGAAUGCGGCCGCUUUUGGCUACUCCAAGGAGUCGAAUAUCCCGAUGGGGGAGCUUUUGACAAAAAAUACGUACGUUGGCAGGACGUUCAUCCAACCGAACAAUCGGCUUCGCCAGCUGAACGUCGCCUUGAAGUUUAGCCCCAUAUCGACGAAUGUAAAAGGCAAAAGAAUUAUUCUUAUUGACGAUUCGAUUGUAAGAGGCAAUACUAUUGGUCCUAUCAUAAAAUUGUUACGUCGCGUGGGGGCUAAAGAGGUGCAUAUUAGAGUGGCAAGUCCGCCUUUGAAGUACCCCUGCUUCAUGGGAAUUAAUAUUCCGACUAGAGAAGAGUUGAUUGCUAAUGAUUUAGAUUCGAGAAGUCUUGCUGAUAAAGUUGGAGCCGAUAGUUUGGAAUAUUUGAGUGUGGAAGGGCUUGUUAAGGCGGUACACAGAAAUAUUGAAAAGGGGGCUGAGAAGGGGCACUGCACCGCUUGCUUGACUGGCGAAUACCCAGAAGAAAUCCCCUAUGAAUUACAGUGGUAAUCUCAAGGAAAAAUAUUAUUGUAAUAUGAUGUAACAUUCCAUUAUUUUUUUGGACAUGACAAGUAGUAGCAAUAGGAUGUGAUACAAAUUGCAAUCACAGGUGAUACAAAAUCAGUAUUUUGUAUUAUAAGAAUAAAUAAACAAACAUUUUGAUUGAA